CAUUAAUCCUCGCGUCUGUCUCCCACUCUUCAUCUCAUGGCUUCUAAAGCAAAUCUACGUUUGCUGCUUGUUCUCGUACUUUCUCUCAACGCAAAUGCCCAAAGUAACCUCUCCAACGUCAUACCCCCGGCUUCUUCACUUUCCCCCGGUGAAAACCGUACUUCAUGGCUCUCACCAUCGGGCCUUUUUGCAUUCGGUUUCUAUCCACAAGGUGACGGUUUUGCAAUCGGAAUAUGGCUGAUUAAUCAAACCGGAAAGAUAAUCAUCUGGACGGCAAAUCGAGAUGACCCAUCAACCUCCUCAAAUGCUACACUCGAAUUUACUAAAGAUGGUAAGCUAGUGCUUCGAACUGGACACGAUUUAAAAAAAUCCAUUUUUGAUGUGCCUGAACCUGCAGCUUCAGCUGCUAUGCUUGAUUCCGGUAACUUUGUGCUCUACAAAAAUGAUUCUUAUAUAAUCUGGGAAAGCUUUCGUUUUCCAACUGACACCAUAUUAGGAUGUCAGAAUCUGUUUAUCGGCCAGAAAUUAGUUUCGAGUGUGUCUAAAUCAGACCAAUCGAGUGGACCAUAUUUUCUUCGUAUGCAGUCAGAUGGAAACCUCGUUGCCUACCCUGUUAAUAGCUCGUAUGAAUCAGAUGACUCUUAUUGGUCCUCUGAAACUUAUAGUACUAGUACUACAAAGAUGUCACUUAGUUGUCAAGGCGUUCUAGCAAUGCUAACUAGUACUGAUUUGGCCAAACGUGUUUUGGCAAGUAGCUCAUAUCCUGACAAGAAUAAUGGAGCUGUCAUCCACCGGGCAACGCUUGAUGCAGAUGGGAUCUUUAGAUUGUAUUCACACCACUUUGAGAGAUCAGAUAAUAGCUCAAGUAUAUCGACAGAGUGGAGGGCCUUGCCCAACCAAUGUUAUGUCAAAGGCUUCUGUGGCCUCAACAGUUACUGUUCGUUCAUGGGCGAGAAAGCCGAGUGUAUGUGUUUUCCCGGAUUUCGUUUCUUUAACGACGGCAAUAAGUUCCUAGGUUGCUACAGGAACUUCAAUAACAAUGAUUGCAGACGUACUGGUACUGAAGAUCGAGUGAUGCUGUAUAGUAUCGUUCCGGUCCAUCAUGUGUCGUGGACGGAUCAUCCUUACUUUAUAGUAAUAUCAAUGAAGGAGGGAGAUUGCCGCGACUCUUGCUUGAUAGAUUGUAACUGUGGGGCGGUACUGUAUAGAAAUAAUAGUUGCUCCAAACAUAAGCUUCCACUUCGAUAUGGCCUUCUUCAAAGUGAUCAAAGCCAACCAACUACGGCCUUCUUCAAAGUGACAAGGGAAAAUAUCAGAUUCGAAAGCAAAAGAGGACUACUUUUGAUUCUUGCUACAAGUUUGGGUUUCAUUUCAUGCUUGUGUUUCCUCUUUGCUGUCUGUUGUUUCUGCAGAUACAGGAAUCAAUUUCGUACGUAUAGAUUGCUGUCAGAAAAUGUGAACUUGGGAUUAAAUGAAGAAUUUACUUUGCGAUCAUUUUCUUAUAAAGAGCUCGAGAAAGCAACGAAUGGCUUUAAGGAGGAGUUAGGUAAGGGUACUUUUGGAGCUCUUUAUAAAGGAACUAUGCAUGGAGGUAACAAAACUAUUGCUGUUAGAAGGCUAGAGAAAGUUGUGGAAGAAGGGCAAAGGGAAUUUCGAGCUGAAAUGACUGCAAUUGGACAAACUCAUCACAGAAACUUGGUUCAAUUACUUGGUUUUUGUAUUGAGGGCUCUAGAAAGCUUCUUGUUUACGAAUACAUGCCCAAUGGCUCACUUGCAGAUCUUCUCUUCAAGGCCGAGAUACGCCCCAUUUGGAAAGAACGAGUAAAAAUUGCACUUGAUGUUGCUAGAGGGAUCCUCUAUCUGCAUGAAGGGUGUGAAGUCCAUAUCAUCCACUGCAAUAUAAAGCCACAGAAUAUACUCAUGGAUGACACAUGGACAGCAAAGAUCUCUGAUUUUGGGCUGGCGAAGCUAUAUUUACUGCCAAAUCAAUCAAGAAAGACUACGGGAGGCAAACAGACAACUGGGUAUUCCUACUUUGCACCCGAAUGGCAAAAGAAUGCCUUGAUAUCAGCGAAAGCAGACACAUAUAGCUUUGGUAUCUUGGUUUUGGAGAUUGUAUGUUGUAGAAGAAGUAUAGAAGUAAACGUCCCAACGGCAGAUGAGAUAAGUCUUUCUAGUUGGGUAUAUAAUUGCUUUGUGGUUGGAGAGUUGGAUAAGCUUGUGGAAGCUGAUGAAAAUGUUGACUUCAAAACACUGGAAAGAAUGGUGAAGGUGGGAUUAUGGUGCAUUCAAGAAGACCCUGCUUUGCGUCCAUCAAUGAAGAGUGUGAUCCUGAUGUUGGAAGGAACAAUCGAUAUUCCAGUCCCUCCAUCUCUAUCUGCUUCCCUUGAUGCUUCCCGAAAAGCGUUGUAAUGUUUUUCUUCUUUUUUUUUUUUUGGGUUUGUUUGUUUGUUAAACUUGUUAUAAUAAUUCUACUCAAAUGAUCUAUA